AUGCGGCGGCGUCCGUAUUUCCCUGUUGUGGCUGUUUUGCUCUUUUGUUACUGCGCAUAUCUCAUCUUCAGCUUGCCAAACGAGCACUUUGAUGCCCUGGUUACUCCUCUCUCGCAGCCUCUCCAGCAGCAAAAGCAUGACCAGCAUCCUCUGCAAGCAGCAGCAUCGUCAUCGUCAACAGCGCCAACCAAGCCUAAACCCACCUCACAAUCUCCAGUGGUAUGGGAAGACUUGCCAGUCGUGACGGGCGGGCCGAAGCCAAAAGCAGCCCCUGACUCGGCGAUACAUCCGAUAAUUCAUCUCGUUAAAGAUGCACAGAAGCAGUUUUCGGAAUUGAAGAAACGACAAUCCAAGUCUCUGGAGGAGGCCGUUAGAGAGUAUCGCAGGCGAUAUGGCAUACCCCCUCCUCCACACUUCGAUAAGUGGUAUAAGUUCGCCGUGGACAACAACGUACAGCUUAUUGACGAAUACGACAUGGUUAAUGAUAUGAUGAUUCCGUUCUGGGGUCUUAGGCCCAAGACUAUUCGUGCAAGAGUGACAGAGGCACUUGGCUACGACAAUGGGUUGAUUGGUGUCGCUAUACGAGACGGCGAAAUCACGCAUGCGGAGCACGGCUUCGAGUGGCAGAGAGAGGCCACGAAAGGAAUGAUGGAAAAGUUCAAGCAGUACUUGCCGGAUAUGGAUUUGGCCUUCAACAUUCACGACGAACCUCGUGUGGUGGUUCCGCACGACGAUUUGAAUCGACUGGUUAACAAAGCCAAGAACGAAAACAUGGCUUCUUUGAGCGCGAGCAAGAAGCUCGUCAAUGCAUUUACCAAAUCACCUGAUCUAAACGACGGCAGAACAUUCAAAGAAACGAAGCUAUCGCGGUUUAGCUCUAUUCAAUACUCAUCUACCUGGGGAGACUCUCGCAUGUCCUGUCCGCCCGAUAGCCAAGCCAGGAUCCUCGAAGAUGAGCGUGCAGACGACUUGAGCAGAUACGGAAUUAGCGAUCUUGCCUUUAUUUACAACACAACUGCCAUGUCCGAAAUAUGUCUAACACCCUCUCUAAGCUCAACGUAUGGCUUUUUCGAUCGCCCUAAUACGUUCAGGGUCACCCAUGAUCUGCUACCCAUAUUCUCCCAGUCCAAGGUGUCGUCUUAUGGAGAUAUCAUAUAUCCGUCUCCAUGGUAUUGGUACAAAAAGGUUGCCUACAACGAAACCAACGAUAUGCCGUGGGAUGAGAAGGAGAGCAAGCUUUACUGGCGAGGCUCUACCACUGGAGGGUACAGUCGCAACGGCGGCUGGAGGAGGCACCACCGCCAGCAUUUUGUACAGAAGAUCAACUCCAGAGAGCAAGCCAAAGUGAUGACCAACAGUGGCGGAGCCGGAAAUCGCAAAUGGGAGGCCAAGGAAGUUCCUCGUGGAGAAUACCAGAAGCUCAUUGACGUGCAUUUCUCUCACGUAGGCCAAUGCGACCCGGGAGACUGCGAAGCGCAAAGAGAGUUCUUUGACGUCGUUGACCUAGUUGACCAGCAAGACGCCUGGGGAUACAAGUAUCUCGUUGACAUUGACGGCAACGCCUUCUCCGGCCGCUUCUACGCCUUUUUGCAGAGCAAAAGCUUGACGUUUAAACUUGCCUUGUUCCGCGAGUGGCACAACGAAUGGCUAAAACCUUGGGUGCACUACGUGCCGUUGAGCCUCCAAGGAGACGACUGGCUUGAAGCAGUGCGUUUCAUCAAUGAAGACAGCGAGGGAUCUGCCAAGGGGCAGGAAAUUGCAAAGGAGAGUCGCGAGUGGGCCAAUAAGGCGGUUAGAAAGGAAGAUAUGGAGGCGUGGUUUUUCAGACUGCUUUUAGAAUAUGGACGGGUAAUUGACGAUAAUAGAGCCAAUCUUGGGUAUGAUGUAUGA